GUCCAACUUUUACUCUACUUGCCCACAGCACAUUGACUCACGCACACGGACCGGGGCUUGCACAGGAGCAUUCUGCGGACUUCAUACGGAUCUAGCGUUCCCCAAAGAGCACGUCCGCUUUAGAUAAAUAACCUGUUACUCUUGAUUAUGAAACGAUGGAUGAUUGAUAAAUCGACGAAUAAAUAUUGACAUUUCACUGAAGACCCACUCAUAGCCCGAGGAAGCAUUGUUUUUUUGUUCUUGUUUAUUUUUAUUUUAGUCUUCUAUCUAGUCAGUGGAACUCUUUCGUUAUCUUGGAUUAAAAUUUUACUACUUUUGCUGGAGUCCUGAAUUUUGAGCAGAGACUCAAAGCUAUUAUAAACUCAAACAAGGAUUUGCUGUCUUUCAUUCGCUCAAAUAUAUUUUCUUACUAUAAAAAGUUGUAUUUGGGAUGUUGAGCUCAGUGAAGAUGGAGUCUCAUGAACUGCCAGAGUGGAAUGCCUUCUACAGCGAAGCCAGUGAGAUGUAUGCCUCUCCCACUGCCAUGAAUUCAAUGAGCACCAUCAACAGCUACAUCAACCUGAACCCAGCUGGUUCUCCAGCCACCAUGAACAUGGGCUAUGGCAGCUCUGGGCUCAACAGUCAACUGGCGUCCAUGGGCGGAGGAGCCAACCAUAUGAACCUGUCCCCGGUGACUUCAUCCCUCAACCCCAGCUCUCUCUCCCAGCUGGGCUCCCCAGGCCCUUCCCUGGGCUCCCUCUCCCACUACCAGAACAUGGGCCAGCCCAUGAGCCAGCUGAGCUACCCCUCUCCCACCUCCCUCAACCGGGCCAAGGAGGUUCCCAAGCCCUACCGCCGCUCACUGACCCACGCCAAGCCACCUUACUCCUACAUCUCCCUCAUCACCAUGGCCAUUCAGCAGUCCGGCAGCAAGAUGCUCACCCUCAAUGAGAUCUACCAGUGGAUAAUGGACCUGUUCCCCUACUACCGCGAGAACCAGCAGCGCUGGCAGAACUCCAUCCGCCACUCGCUGUCCUUCAACGACUGCUUCGUCAAGGUGGCCCGCUCGCCCGACAAGCCCGGCAAAGGCUCCUACUGGGCCCUGCACCCCAACUCAGGCAACAUGUUUGAGAACGGCUGCUACCUGCGCCGCCAGAAGCGCUUCAAGAUCGAUCAAGAGAAGGCUGCAAAGAAGUCUGGCAAGGCCCAGGAGGGAGGCUCGGGGAAAGGGGGCCAUGGAGACAGCCUGAUGGAGGAGCACAGCCCAGCGGGGGGCUCAGAGGGGGCCGACUCGGCCCACUCUGACAACUCGCACCCUGGUUCCUCCUCAGAGGAGCAGCAGCAGAGGAGCAUGGUCCAGCUGGACUGCCCCCCACAGCCCCAGUCCCACGUCCAGAGCACCCCUGUGGCAAUCACCUCCUCCUUGCCCUCCUCCACCCCUCUCCUCCACUCCCAGGUCAUGGGAGGCAGCCCCCAUCUCCUCCCGAGCGCCAUGCAUAAUCUGGACCUGCAGAACGACCCUCACAAGGCCAUGGAUCCCCACUACAACUUCAACCACCCCUUCUCCAUCACCAACCUCAUGUCCAAUGAGCAGAAGAUGGAUCUGAAGACGUACCAGGACCAGGUGAUGGCCUACAAUGGCUACGCCUCCUCUCCGAUAGCAGCCAAGCAGAUCUACGACAGCGCAGGACCCUCGGUCAUGGACUCUGGGGCCUACUACCAAACCCUCUACAGCCGGUCGGUCCUCAAUGCCUCCUAACAUGGAGGCCUCUGGACCACAGCCAAGUGGUGCUGACAAGGACUUUUAGCAGCCUUGAAAUCCCAAAGUGUAAGAUGGCUGCCAUUGAAAGUCUACUCACGAGGGGCCAAAGGGACGAAAUAGCAUUUAGCAGAGCUGAAUACACAGUUGAUCAGGGAAACCCUGCAGUUACAUGAAGUAGAAGACAAAGGUAAAACCCAGUGCUGGAUGGACACCCAUUCAUCAGAAGGUCUUUAAAACUGCUACAUUCAUAAAUUCACACCGAAGUCAUGUCCCCCCUUUGCCAUUUUUUUUGCCAUUUUUACACUAUUUCAAACUGGGUUUUUAGUUUGUUCAACAGACAAGCAGGACUACUUGGGUUGUCCACAUUGUAAAUAGACGGAGUGGGGGAAAGGAGAUGUGCAUUUAUUUAUGAAGGGAAGAAAAUUAAUAUAUCUUGUACAGUGCUGUAUAGACAAGUUACAAAACAAAUGUGACAUGAAACAAUUUGAGGGAUUGUGGGAGUGAGAAAAGGUUCAGGUUACUGCUUCGAGGCAGUUGUUACUGCAUUACAGGGAAUUCUUGUUGUGUUUUAGAGCAUGAUGCUUCAUUCCUAUUCAUAACAUGCUGUUUUAAUCUCUUCAAAUACACAUCUGUGAACACAAAUGAGCUGCCAUGGUUCAUUUUUACAAGUGGUGGAAGGCUGUUGUUUUUACUGAUAAGAGAGCCAUUUCUUGGAUUCUUUUUACCAGAUAUCCAUUUUAACUGAUAAGAGAGCCAUUUCUUGGAUUCUUUUUACCAGAUAUCCAUUUUAAGGAAAAAAAAUGAAGUCUGUUUGUUUAAAAAGGGAUAAAACUGUGGUAGAUCUAAUUUCAGCUUUGUUUGUCUGUUUUUAAAACAUGAUUUUUUUCAGAGGACCCUUUCAUUAUCAAUGAUGAGAGCCUGGUGUUUCACAGCUCUUCAUGGCAUAGGAUAUUUUGGAAUGGCUUCACAUUAUAUUACACACCAUACCAAGGGUUAGGAGGGAGAGGAGCCAUGGAAUGUCAGUUACUAAGAUAGGAGUUGAAUGAAAAUGCAUUAAGAGGACUAUUUACAUACAGUACUUUGCACAAGAGUUCCCACCAUUUUGCACAGCUGGGGUGGCCCUGAUAGUGUAUGUUACAACAAUGCUAUGUAAUGACCUUCUUUUUUUUUGGUGGUCCAAUUAGAAUUGGACCACUGUAACAAUGUCAAAGCAACAUUGAGCUUUAUGUUGCAACCCUCAUCUUCAAAGUGCCUUUCAAGAUGUUCUGAUAAUGGAGGACCAAUAACUGAAUAUUCACCGAAGGAACACUUUUUGAAAUAUAAACCAUGAGUUUCAGGUCAGAAAUACUGUUUUUAUUUCUUGUAUUUUAGUUUUUAAAGACUUAUUUAAACUACGUUGCUUUUCAGACUUGGAAAAAUAUGUUUAUGUACAUAUUGUGAGGUUGUUGUUCAUGGUUUGAAUCUUGUGAUUUGAAUGAUUACUGUUUUUCUUAUUAAAAAGCAAAUUUGGGGGGAGAAACACGAUUGUUGUCUGUUCCGUUGAAGGAAAUAUAUACGUGAGAUCAUCUAUAGACUUGAUGAAAUGGGUGUAUAUGUUAUUUUACAAAAUCCUUUAAAAUAAUUUAAAGACGUAUCAUGAAAAAAAUGAAAAAAAUCAAAUACAUCUGAUAUGUCGUUUACAUGUUAAUUUUGUUUUUAUUUACAAUUGGAUGGUAACACAGAGGCUCUGUGAUGUCGGUCUUGCUGCAGGAUUGACAGGUUCAGCUGAAUUAUAGGGUUGUUGAAACAGCUCCCUACAGUACCAAAUUACUCUUGUAUGUGACUUUUGGGUAGGUUAGACUAAACAGUGUGGAACUCAUGCUGGCCCUCUGGCCCCAACAUAAACUGGCUUCUAGACACUACUGUAUUGUGAAUCAUCUCAAACAGAGUGUUUCAAUCAGUAUUGGGUGCCUUCACAUUUUAACAAAAAGCAUAAUUCUAGGUAUUAAAAAAUCUCUAAUUGCA